AUGGCAUAUCGGCGGUUCUUCGACUACAAUCCUUACGGCUACUACUAUGCCGCCCCGUACAACUACGACUCUUACUACCAGCAGCAGCCCGCGGCCACCCGCAGGUCCACCAGGGGCAUCUUUGCGGGCGCCGAGCCGGCGGCCGCGAAACCCGCGCCAAGGGCGAGGAAGACGAGGGAGACGAAGACGUCGUUCUCGAUCCCAGUCCACGGGCCCGACUCGGAUAACGAACCGGAGCCAGAGCUGAAGCAGAAGGCGCCGGGAGCGCGCGCGAAACCGGUGGCGCAGGCGAUGUCCGCGAAGGAGGCUGUGGUGAGGAUGCAGGCGGCGGCGCGCGGGUUCCUGGUGAGGAAGUCGGUGCGGGCGGUGCGCGAGGUCGCGCACGAGGCGGAGCAAGUCCGGAAGAAGAUGGCGUCCGAGGCGGAGGCCCUAUUCACGGACCCCAGGGCGCGCGUCGCCGUCGGGGAGGCGCUGAUGAGGAUGCUGCUACGGCUCGACGCGGUGCGCGGCGCGCGCGACUACCGGAGGAGGGUCACCAAGCGAGUGCUUGUGCUGCAGGACGCCGUCGACGCGCUCGAGACUAAGCCGGCGCCGGCGCCGGCGCCUGUGGAGGACGCGACAGAGGUCGACGCACCUGAGGCGACGGCCGUCGAGACGGUGGAGGAGAGCGCGUCAGCGCCGGAGUUGGCAGACGCCGUGGAGCGCGGUGGUGAGAUGGAGAGCAUCAAGACAGCGGUUGACACGCCCACCCAGGUGGAGGUCGACGAAGCAGUAGCCGCCAGCGAUCCUGAGGCGAAAGCGGGAGAGGGAGAGGAAAAGGAAGUGGUGCCGGGCGACGCCAAUGUUGAUGUCGACGAACCGGAGGAUUCGGACGCGGAGGGCGAGUGGGGGAUGGUGAUGGAGGAAAACGCACUCGUGGCAGCCACGCCCGACGACCAGGAGCCACAGCGCAAGGAACCGGCGUGUCCGUUGGAGACCAUGGGGACUGCAAGUGCCGGCGCCGCCUCUGACGGUGUGGACGCGAGGAAGGUGAAGGAGAUGGUGGCCGCGCUGUGCGAGCAGAGCGCGCAACAGUGUGCGGUGAUCGGCGCGCUGGCCGAGCGUGUGGACGCGCUGGAGCGUACCGUGCGGCGGAUGGAGGAUGCCGAGAGCCGCCGGCGCCGGCCCAAGAAGCUGAGCACAUAG